UCCCCAUCUUUCUCCUCCAUUUCGUUUUCCUCUGCGGCCUUCUCUUUGAGCUCCCUUACCUCCAUUGCUAAGGAUCUCCACCAUGCCAUUCACCUUCUUGAAUCCUAACAAAUUACUGAAAUUUUAUCUUGCCAUCAAAAUCCUCAACAAGUUAUCGCCUCCUUGGCCAUACCCUCCACCAUUGACGCACCGUCUCCUCUCUUAUAUUCUUUGUACGUUUAUUUUCCCCUGUAUUAUACUAGGACUCUCCCUCACUUCUUACUCUCAGUUGAUAGAUCGUCUCCUUACCUUCUCACUCUUAGUUGACAGUCGCUGGUUUUUAUCGAUCAUCGCAAUAUCACCUUCAUUAAUUCAUAGUUUAGUUGAUAGUCGCAAGUUCUCAUCACUCACACACCUUAUAUUUUUAUCAACAUUAUAAAUCUUGAUAGUAUAAGGGACAACUCAUCGGCAUCACAACAUUGUCGCAUCAUAACGAGCAGUGAUUGGCAAUGUGUAAGGUACUGAGUGCAAGUAAGGAUUGUUUCUAAAUUUAGAUUAUUCUUCUGUGUUCUGUACUAAGAAUUAAAUAUGACCAAUUAGAUUCUUUAUAUUUAGAUUAUGUUGACGGGUAUAUUUUACAAUUGGAAAUUCGUUAAUUAUUUACAGAUUUUGUUGAUUUUAAGAAUCUUUUGUUGGAUGGAAUAUUGUGUUUGGAUUGCUUCGGAAAAAACUUGGAAGAACAAUUGUGAAAUGAUAAAAUGAAAGUUCUAUAGAGAGGAAUGGGGAGGGAGGGAUAAUGGAUAUUUCAGACAUUUCAUAAAAAUAUUAAUACAAAUAAUAAUAGUUUUUAAUAGAAGAACUUAAUAGCUAUAUUUUAAAAUUAAAAGAUACAUUUUAAUUAGAAUUUAUAAUUAUAAAAAUUAAAUAAUUAAUUUCGUUAAAAUUUAGAAACUCUUGUUUUAAAGUAAAACUAGUGAUUAUAUUAAUAAAAUUACAUCAAACAAAGCGGGAUAUCAUCUCAAACAGAGAGACGAUUAUACUUAAUAAAUUCUCUAGCCAAAUAUGAGCAGUUAGAGUAGUAUUACGACGAACCCAUGUAACAGAAAUAUCAUUUCUAGAGUCUAAGAAAGAUUUAUGAUUAUUCAAAAUCAAAUCCCUAUAUAAGAUAAUUUAGCAAAAAUACUCUUUAAGUGUCUAAACUCUUGCAUAAAAUAAUUUGGUAAAGAUAUUUCUCAUUCUUUCUCAUUUCUCGAGUAUAAAUCAUUAAAAUCUCCCGAACAAAGUUAAAGAAGAGAGUUUCUACGAAAUAAAACUCGAAUAAAGUUCCAAAACUGACGUCGUCGUUGCGAUUCUAGAAACUCAUAAUAACUAGUAAAUCUCCAUUGAAUAUUUUCUUCCGAAACAAUCGAAUGAAUAAAAUUUAAAGAAAAAUUAACUAUAGAAACAUACAUAUGACUCUUCAAUGUUAACAAAAGGUUUCAUCCCAAUUCUUGUUUAUUCACCGAGAAACAAUAUCAAAAUGUAAAAAAUUAGAAAAAAAUUACAUACGAGAACCAAAAACUUUUAUUUCCAUUAAAAAUAAAAUAUUUAGCUUGUAAUUAGUAACAAAAUCCUUCGAUACAUUAACUGUCUGAGAAUUGUCGAGUUUUCUUCAGUUCCAAUAAAAUUCAGAGACUCUAUAAUAAUUUUCCUGUUAAAUAAUGCGAGAGAGUAGUAUAUAGUUGAGACAUUAAUGCUUGUAGUUAAUGUAGCCAAAAACAUGAUCAGCAUCUUCGUCUCCAUUGCCUAGACGCUGCUGGCGAGGAAAAAAAAUAAAAAUAAAAAUAAAAUCUACCAUGUAGAGGCAAAAACAAUAUUUUUCUCGUUCUAUAUAUGAUUCUCAGAACUCCAAAUUGUCAAACUCCCUUACGGACACUCGCAUAUUUAUUCUGUUUCGUCGAAAGCGCCUUCUGGCAGAUUGGGUUUUGAAGGCAAGUCCCUGUGGUUGUGUUGAACUUUGACAAGUAAACCUUGGCUGCGUGAGAUCAAAGAAGCAGCAACUCUUCACCUUCUUCUCUAAUACGAGGAAACUGCUCGAAAGGAAGUUUCCCAGAGAUGGUAAAAUCUUAAUCCGAUGGCAGUUUUGAGUUCUAGAUUUACCUUGUUUCAGAUAUAUGUGAAUCUGAAAAAUGAUGGACGACAGAAAUCUCAGUAAUCUAACUCCAGGUUGCAGUAGUUUGGAUGAAGAAGAACUUCCUAUUAAUUCAAACAACCUUUCGUCCUCCAAAAGGCUAAAUAUUGCGAGCGGAUCUAAUUCUGUACGCUCGCCUGAAACCCCAUAUGGUUUCUCUCUUCUAAUUUUCUUGAAAAUUCUAUCUUUUCGGUGGCUUCAGUUACUGCCAGGUCGACGGCGGCUAUGGAGACCUGAGUUACCGCCACCUCCUGAAUCGAGUAUUGAGUCAUCGAGUUUCCAGUCAUUACUGGAACUUCCACCGAGUGCUCAAUCAUCAGACGUGUAUCCAUCAAAUAAUCUAGCUCCAGGGACAGAUUGUAGCUCUGGGGAGGACACCCACUUUAAUGUUGAAUCUCCUUCCACGGAAACUAAUUUCUAUAGCUGCAACAGUAACAAUUCCGAUAGAAGAAGCAAAAAACACAAGGUUUUGGAUUGGGUGUUUGCCAUUGCCAACUUCAUUCUUGAGCUUACGUUGAUAGUUUUCGACCAAAUAUCAUCGCAGCACAGCUCUCUUUUUCUGCCAAUAUGUGCAGGAAUGUCUUUUCUAUCAGUGUUGAUUUGCAUAUGCGAACUCUUCUAUAACGUUCGGAAGGAAGGAGGUGUUUGGAGAUGGAACACAAUACCCUGGUUCUAUUAUCCAUCUCGAAGCAGCCUUCCUGUUGGUUCCUUCGCAGACAUUGUUGGACUUGUCUGUGCCUUUGGUCAGUUCAUUCUUGCUACUGUAAGUUAUUGUUUAUUCCUUAAAACUGGUAAAAAUCCAAUCAAAAUCUCCAUUUCGGCUGCCAUUUUGGUCUUCUGUCAGUUGUGUUCUAAAUUCUUCAAGGAAUUGAUCAUCAAACAGGAUGUUCACGAAUCAUAUGAGCAAGAUCUCUAAUUAGUUCCAUGCUAAACAAAUAUUUAUUAUGAUUCCGUAUUAGUAUCAAAUAUUUUCUGCAUUUCCUUUGACAGUGGAACACAUUGACUGUUUCCAAUCAUGAAUUAGUCCAGAGGGUAGCUAGGCUUAAAUGCACAGGCCAGAGGAUAGGAGUUUAAUCUUAGCUGCCUUUAUGAGAACUGCUAUACAUGAUUGCUAGUUCAAAACUAUUAAAUAACUUGUGUUAAGUGUUCUUCUUAUUCAAAUAACAAAUGAAUGAAUGAAAAACUUAUUUAGCUUAGAGCUGCGCUUAUGGUGGAAAUUUUAAAAUUUUAAAAUUUUAAAAUUUCCUCUACUUUAAAAAGAAAAAUGUUGAUAUAUUAAUCUCUGUCUCUAUAUUGGGUUGAUGUUUUGUAAUGUUUCAUUUUCUUUUGUCUC